AUGUGUCAUGACUGGUCGGUUUUCGGCAUGGAUACGUUCACGGGGCAUCAGUCUUACCAAAACAAUGUAGCACCUGCUAACGUCUUGCCUUCAAGCGCCGUAACAGCAUUCUCGCUUGUUCCUGUCUUUGACGGCCUCUGGAAUAUCAAUCUCAUUUGUUCAGGCAGAGAAAAGAGGCUUGCUCGUUACACAGCGGGCUGCCAUGUCAGGCCGUCCUUGCAGCAUGCCGACAGAGACACGGCUUGCUGCUGCAUGUCUCAUUACACAGCUACCAUACUGCCCAAUCCGGUAGUUGUAUUGUGCCUGUUGACGAGCUGGGUGUGGCGGGUUGUGCAUGUCUUCAACACCAUGCAGCUUGCCUAUCACUGCCAACAUAGGAGCACAAUGGUGGAUUGUUGGCACCAUGUAUCGUCAGCCAACUACUGUACUGUACUCUGUGCUGACUGUAUAUUUGCUGUGGCAGGCCAUGAACAAAACAAACGCGACGUUGUUCGUGCUGAUUCCUUGGGCUGCGCCAUGGUGAGCUGUGCCAAAACAGUUUUGAUGCAAGGGCAGAAACGGUGGCUUUGUGGUGACUCGCAUGGCUUUUCUGGCUGA